AUGGGUGUUGAUUACUAUAACAUAUUGAAGGUGAAUAGGAACGCCACAGAUGAUGAUUUGAAGAAAGCUUACAGGAGAUUGGCCAUGAAAUGGCACCCUGAUAAGAAUCGUAAUAACAAAAAGGAAGCCGAAGCUACAUUUAAGCAGAUCUCUGAGGCUUAUGAGGAAGAUUUUUUGGAGAUACAGAUCGGCACCUCCGCCGACUCGUUAGCGAAGUCAUUGGACUCGCAGAGAGAGCUAUUCCAUAGCCAGGUCGAUCAGCUUCAAAGAAUCGUUGUCACUCAAUGCAAACUCACUGGCGCAAAUCCACUAUCCCAAGAAAUGAAUUGUACUUUUGGAAUUCUCCUUUUCUCCUCCUCAUCUGGAACCAAAAUGCAAGUGUUUUCAUUGAGGUUUAUCUUACCACCACUAUGGUACUAUGCUACAUUCUUUAUUCUGAAAAUGGUUACCUUAAAAGAUGCUAGGAAAGACCUAGACUUGCAACAUCAGUCAUUACAACAUAAUCAACUUCCUACUAUUGCAAUAGUGAGAUCAUAUGACACAUUUGGGGCGUCUCCGAAAACGAGCUGA